AUGGAACGUUGUUCUUAUGGUUUUUACACCAAAAGGUCUGAAAUCCUAGAUAAUAUAAAGAAAAAAGAACAAGAAAAGGAGCAGCCACAGAGUCCUAAUUUUCAACAGCAACAAUUGUCAAAGGCAGACAAACAAUUACACAGUUCAGAAGUGCAGAAUGUCAAUGUACCGGUGACACAGCAUGUUCCUACUCAGAUCCUGUCUCCUUCACAUGGCUCGGGCUCACCCGUCCAAUCAAAAGAAGACUCCAAAGAUAAGACAAUAAAAGUUGCUAAUUCCACUACUAUAACAUUGAUUGAAAACGGCAAUCACAACGGUGAAAAAGAUAAAGACAAUAAUUAUCCUAAAAAUUAUUUUACAUUAGAGCCCAAGAAUGACAAGAAAGAUGAAUGUAACAAAAAUAGCAUAACAAUUACUAGGACAGUGCCAAAACAAUCUCCAGGGAGUGGGCAAGCUGAUAAAUCUAAAGGUCAGUCAAAACCUACUAAGAGACCACUUCAAUGUUUAGAGACCCUUGCAGAGAAAGCGGGUAUAACAUUUGAGGACAAAUACGAAGCAGCAAACACACUUUUAGCAUUAGAUAAACAAAAUAAUACAUAUAGGAGACCUGAACUAAAACAGCCUAAAACGGAACCAGAAAGUCAGCCUCAAGCUGAAGAGUAUCGUUACAGAAACCAAAAAGAUGAAGAUGAUAAGUUACAGAUACAACAGCAGAUAAUUCAUCAGCAGCAGCAACAACAGCAACAGCAACAGUUGCAGCAGCUGCAACAACAACAGUUGCAGCAGUUGCAGCAACAACAGCUGCAACAGCUGCAACAACAGGCGCUCCAGCGGCAGCACCACGCCAUCCAGCAACACAUUAAGAACCAACAGGAUCAAGAAUUGUUACAGAAACAGUAUCAACAACAACAUCAGCAACAGCAGCAGCAGCAGCAACAACAACAACAACAACAGCAUCAGCAACAACAGCAGCAGCAACAACAACAACAACAGCAGCAGCAGCAAAAAACCGAGUUACAGCAAGUUGCUCAACAACAAGAGUUAGCUCAACAGAAGUUUCUACAGCCGUUACACACGCAGCAGUUCAACGUUCCCGGCAUUGGAGAGAUCAACCUUAGCUUCCUACCAUCGCCACAAAGCAACGUUAACUUGCUUUUCGAUAAAAACCAGAAGCCAGGAAUGAGCGGAGAGAUUAAACCUCAACAGCUUGUCGACGGUCAAACACAAGUAGUUCAGCAACAAAUAAACAUGUCCCAGCACGAGCCCACGCAACAGCAUCACCAAACAGUCACCGUUGUAUCUUCCAUGCCAAGCAGUAUGGCCCAACACCAGGUACAGCAGCAGCAGCAAGCUGGCGGAAUUCAGCAGCAAGCUGGUGGAGGAAUUUCAACCAUGCCACCACUGCAAAGCUUGCCACAGAAUACACAACAUCCACAGCAGAUAAGUGCCGAAUGGGGUCACAGCCGAGUGCAGGUGAUCCAGCAGCCCCUCCAGAACAGUACUUAUCUUCAACAACUGUAUAACACUCAGGGCCCGCUAAUCAUGCCCGGGAAUAUAGCCCUUCAUCCCGGUAUCAACUCUCAGCAAAUUCAGGUCAUAGCUGCCGGCAAGCCAUUCCAGGGUAAUCAGCUCGCGCCGCACAUGCUUACCACUCAAGGAAAACAGGUCUUACAAGGCCAAACAGCGCCGUUCCCGGGGUACACCACUAUCCCGGCCAUCCCGACCACCCAGAACCAGACAUUCGUGUUCAGUCCACUGGGCGUCAUAAACUCCCAGCCGAGUAUAAUACCUACCCACUCCCAGCCCACUGUGUCUGGGAUAGGCCAGCAACAAAAACAGGGUGAUAUGCACAAGGUGAUGAGCGGUAGCAAAGUGUCAGGGGGUAAAGUUGGCAGUGGAGGGGCUGGUGGUGGGCAAACCAUUCCCGUGCAGACGCAGUGCGUGCAAGUAUCGCAGCCUGUUCUCGGCGCGCAGCAGCCUACUCAAGCGCAGAUCAUCAGCCCGCUACAGACCGGCGGGCAGACGAUGCAGUUCGCUCCGUGGCAGAUAUCCGGCGCUCUCCCGCAAGUGUGGACGGGAGGAUUGCAAGCCGGGACCUUGCCAGCGGGGGGGCUCCUCGCCCCUAAUCCCAUUUUUAUAAGGGGAACACAACCCGACGCACCGCCCUCUAUGUUCAUACAACAUUCUCCGCAGAACACUGUGCAGCAUAACAAUGCAAGUGUCGCGUGCGCUUCGGGGACCGCAGCGAAGCCCCGGGCCUCCUCAGAAGGCAUGGCGAAGACACCGCGGCCGCUUUCAAACAUAUUGCCCUCAGGCGGGAUAAGACCUGCUUCUUCGGUCUCGACUCAAACUAAUGCAAAUCAGGCCCAAAACCAGGCCAAACAUCGGGGCAAGCCAGGCGUAAGAUCGCCAGCACCGACCUCAAAACAAGAUGCAGCCAACCAGACCAACAAGAUGCAGCAUCAGAUGCAACAGCACAAGCAACCGCUUUUGGUAAUGAACUCGAGUGGUCAAAUGACACAAAUAACGAGCGUUCAAGACAAGCAGCCUAUCAACAAGAACAUGCAGCAACAAGCCAUUAUGCAGCAACAGGCCAUGCAGGUGACCAUUCAGCAACAACAGCAGCAACAACAGCAGCAGCAGCAGCAACAGCAACAGCAACAGCAGCAGCAGCAGCAACAACAACAACAGCAGCAGCAGCAGCUUAUCCAUCAACAGCAAACGCAGCAAAUGGUCCAGCAUUACCAACAACAAGGCAUGACUCUAGGCAUGCAGCAAGGCACGCUGCCAGUGGGUUCAGUCUCCCAAACUCUGCCCAUGACCGGGAUGCCGCAAACCAUAUCAAUGGUACAACAAAUACACCCGCUUGGUGGCAUGGCCCAGCCGGGCACUCUAAUUGGGCAGAUUAACACAAAUCAAGCAGGUCAGAAUGCCUCCAUCGCACAGGUCCAGAACAUGCAACAGCAGCCUCAGACAUUGGUGGGAGGCGGCUUAGUCCAAACGUCAGUUGGCAUGGCCGUACAGCAACAAGCCACCCUCAAUCACUCCACUCCCAUGCAAACGUCUGGGAUCGCAAUCGACGGGUCUCCGCUGCUGACCUCGCCUCUCGUGCAGGUCUCCCCAGCAAUAAUACAGCACGAGGUAUCAGCGAAUAGUCUCAGUUCGCCUCAGCUGACUAUUCAAGCGGCCCAGGGUACCGUAGGCUUAAUAGCGGCGCCCGUUCAAGGUUCCGUUUUGCCUCUACAGCCCCAAGCUACCCUCGUGGCUCACGUGAAGAGUGAAGAUGAUAAGGGUCAGCAAAUGGCUGCUCAGGCACCAGUGGUACAACAAAUAGCCCCCCAGCCGAUCGUCCAAACUGAAGCUACUUCUGAGGCGGCUGUUUCUGCCGCAACAGGCUUCACUGCUGGUAGCACUGCUCCUGCUACCAACGUUUCUUCUUCUGUUACCACCACAACUUCGACUGCUGCCAUUGAUUCCACUAUAUCCACCAGCACUUCCACAAUUGGCGCUGUAACACCAACGGAGUCCAAAUCAAGCCCCACAAAGUCAGAUUUACAAGCAAGCAAUGAGUCCAACGCAGCCACUUCCGUCACUUCGGUGUCAACUUCGACCACUCCGGUGCCUAGCAGUGCUCAACAAACCACGCCCGUAGCCCCACAGGUGGUAACGACUGUGGCAUCAUCGUCGUCGGUGGCGGUGGCAACCACGGCUGUGGCAGCGCCUGUUUCAGCUGGUCCCGCCCCUUUGUUCAAGAGCUCUCAGUGUGCGCCGCGCCAUAUCAACCAACAAGCCGCACACGACAAAGGGCUGCCGAAGGCGAUGGUGAAACCCAACAUCCUGACACACGUUAUCGAAGGUUACGUGAUCCAGGAAGCCGGGGAACCCUUCGCAGUAAACAGACCUCUUCGUGAAUGGGUCGCCGCUGACAAAGAACAGGAUAAAGAAAACAAACUACCGUCGCCUGAGGAGCCGCCUCGAAAAAAACAGAUGUUGGAAAACGGCAGCAGUCUAGCUAGAAUCAGCUCAAGUAUGGAGACUGGCGAGGCAGCGGCUACACAAAAUGGAACGAAGCAGGAGUCCAUUUCAGACUGCACCCCAGACGAUACGGUCCAGCCUAAGAUACCCAACGCUAAUAAAUGGAGUGUGGCGGAAGUAUGCGAUUUCAUCCGCAAUAUUCCCGGUUGCGCUGGAUACGCGGAUGAGUUCCUCAUGCAGGAGGUGGACGGAGAAGCGCUGCUCCUCAUCAGGCCUGAGCAUCUAGUUAUGGCGCUCUCCAUGAAACUCGGACCGGCGCUUAAGAUCGUCGCCUGCAUAGAUUCGCUGCGUCCCGACAGCGACCAACCCAAUAACGAUCACGACUGA